CCGCCUCUGACUGACGUUUUGCGGAAAAACUCUGGUACAAGAUUGCCAAGCGGGAUUCGGAUCUAAAAGAAGUUCAGGAGAUAAAAAAACAAGUAGUCGGGGGGAGACAUCACGACAUAGGCGCUUUUGAAGUUAGAGGAUGAUAUCUUUCCAAAACACUUACAGACGUUUAUGAGACAUCAUGGAGCAUGACGCAACUCGUGCACAGUUUGUGGACAGUCACUGGGCGAAACUCGUUCAGAGGGUUGAUACAGCGGUGAUGCCAAUAGUGGAUGAGCUUUGGUCAAAUAAAGGAAUGCUCGGAUAUGAGGCAUACUGCAAUAUCAAAUCAGCAGAUACCAACCAAAACAAAAUGAGAGAGCUGCAUGGAGUCUUGAACUCCGGUGGAAAUAAAAUUAAAUCUGCCUUUUAUUCUGGACUGGAAAAGCAUGCAGCACUUCUGCUUAGAGAUCUGAGUAUCAACUCACCAACUACCGAGGGUCAUGAAGAAAGCUUAGAUAAAUAUAAGGAGUGGAUCCAGAGAGAAUAUAAGUAUGUGACGGAGUAUAACUCCUUACCUGGAGAACAAGUGCUCCUAUGUGAGCGCUACACGCAGCCUCUGAUCAUAAUGAGACACAGAGAGAAGGAAGAGAGGACAGAAGAGUUGCGCUUGAUGGGAAAGAGUUUCCAGCAGCUGAUAAUCUCUGAGAACAAUGCAGAGAAGGACAGGACUGUCCUGGAUGCGCUCUUCAGUGCUGAUAAUAAAGGCAUAUGUCCUGAUGCUGUCAUACUUCAAGGGAACUCCGGGAAAGGCAAAUCCUUCACUGCACAAAAGAUCAUGUUAGAUUGGGCAUCUGGACAUCUCAACUUUGAUUGCAUAUUUCAUUUGAAAUGCAAGGAACUGAACCAAAUAUCUGAAGAGCAGAGUUUGGUGGAGAUCUUGAGCAUCAACUCUAACUUAACAUCAGAUCAGAUUUUCCAGAUGCUGCAGAAGUCACCAAAAAGAUUGCUUGUCCUCAUCGAUGGAUUUGAUGAACUUAAAUUGUCAUUAAGUGACACGUCAAAUAAGUCAACACCCAACAAUCUGUGUGAAAAAGUACAACCUGAAGCUUUACUGAGAGGCCUGCUAAAGGGUUGCAUUUUGCCUAAGGCCUUAUUGCUGGUCACCACCAGAUCCACAGCUGCAAAGAAUUUAAUCGAUCUGCUGAAGAAACCUCAACGUUUCACUGAGAUUUUAGGUUUCUCUGAGAUGGAGGUGAAGGAGUACUUCCAGAAGUUUUAUCAGGAUGAGGAACUCUUCAAAAAGGCUUAUGAGUCUGUAAAAGCAAAUGAAAUCCUGUUCACUGCCUGCUCCAUUCCUGUUAUCUGCUGGAUCAUCUGCACAGUGAUCAGAGAAAGAUUGAAUAAAGGUACAGAUAUAGCAAGACAUCUAGAAACGACCACGUCUAUAUACCUUGACUUUGUGUCCAUCCUACUGCAGCAUCACUGUCAGGGUUUGAAUGAGUCUGUCUGGACCCUGCUGAAAAGUCUGGGUCAGCUGGCAGAGAAAGGGAUGCUAAAAAAACAAGUUUUGUUUGAUGAGAAGACUGUGAAGGAAACACUUUCAGACCCCGGCAGCAGUCUGUUUCUGACCAAGUCCCUUUUUAAGAAACGAACCCGACAGGAGACGAUGUACAGCUUUAUGCAUCUCAGCUUUCAGGAGUUUUUUACUGCUCUGUACUACAUCUCACUCGAUGAAAAAGAGUGUCUUAGUAAAUUAAAACAGCAAAGCUGUGAUGUCCAAGAUUUUCCAAUAAAGAUUGGCCGACCUAAAUUCGAUUUUGCUGUGAUUCAGUUCCUCUGUGGUCUCUGUAAUGAAGAAGUGAGCUGCUUGCUCAAGGAAACUUACCAUGUCUCUGUCCCACCUUCUGUCCAAGCACAUUUAAAGAAAUUAAUCCUUAAAAUCAGCUCAAAUAGAGAUGAUGAUUUUUUGCCCUUCAUUCUGCACUGCCUCUAUGAGCUUCACGAGAAGGACUUCGUGCAGAAAGCUGUUGAUGCCUGGCAGGACAUAAAGAUGUUCAGGAAACGUGUGAGCAGGACUGACUGCUGGGCUUUAGUGUAUUGUCUGGAGUUUUGUCCUCACGUCAAAAGCCUGAUACUCAAUUUUGCAGCAGAAGAAUUGAAGUUGCUUCAGCAUGUGCUCUGCAGGACCCAAAACCUAGAGCUGACGGUCGAAAGCCUGGCAGAUACAGAUGUUUGUGAUAUGAUUUCAGCUCUUGGAGAAGGAAAGCUACUGGGAAAGUUGCUACUGUACGGUGACAGUCUUUCAAAUCAAAGUCUGCAGCAGAUUCUUCAUGCUCUACAGAAACAGAAGACUGUGGGUAUUGUUAAGAUUCCAUUAAAGAACAUCUCAGCUGACACGGCCCUCAUCCUGACAGACUUCCUGCAGAGCACUAAAAACUGGGAGGAGAUCAGAUUACAUACAAGAGCUGAUUGCAGUGAUACGGAGAGUUUCUGCUCAGAUUUCAUUAUCUUUAACCAAGAUGGAGAGCUUAGAUUGAACGUGGAGAGGUGUCGUUUAAGCCCACAGAAUGCACAAUCGCUGCCUGAAAUCUACCUGACAUAUCCACGCUCAGAGAUGUCCAGCUUUGAUCUAAAGAGCUUCUUACAGGCCUUCCACAAUAUAAACUGCUCAACCGAACAAAGUGACGGCUUUGAAAAGCAGAUAAAAGCUUUGCUGUCCCCUCUGUCCUCUUUGUCUUUGUUAAAUGUGAUCAUUAUUUUUGCUCCCGUUCUGACCGAGAAAUGGGCCUCUGAAAUCCUCUUCUUCAUUCAGUCUUGCAGCGGUCUGCAGAAGCUCCGUUUUGAUGCUGUUUGGAACUCUCGUGGUGCAGUGGAACACACCGGUCUGUUAAUGGAGAAGGGAAUCAGAUUAUUGAAGGAGAAGUUUCCUAAAUCUCAUAAGUGUAUUGUACAACUUAACGGGUUCAGAUGCAGUCAAUCCACUGAAUGCUGCACUCAUCAGACAAAGCAGAUCAGAACAGUUGGCUGCAACCAGUGUGUGACCAUCAUGAUCAGAGGGGACGAGUAUGCAGAAGAAAAAUUGUAAUGAGGAGUGAAACCAUAUGUGAACUGCUUAUUUCUAAACAUGGCGUGCACACAAAAAGUUGCUGAAAACGUACGUACAUCUCUUUCCACGCAAAGGUUGUGAUCUAUAAAAAACAAACCUGACUAAUGAAUGUGCACACCUGUAAGUAAACUCUGGAGACGAGGAGAAUUAGGUGACACAGAUGGUGACGUGCUGAACUGAAGUCAGAUUGUAGGAAAUAAAUGUGAUUCUGAUGUGAAUGAUUAGGUUGAUGCUUCACACACAUUUUAUUUCACAUCAUAUCAUACAUUAGCUCCAUGUUAUCAUAAAGAAGAAAUACAGAGUAAGUUGCGCCUGUACUGCAUGAUUUUUGUAAUAACCACCUUCAACUCAACUUGAAUCCAAAUUCAUUCAAAAUAAUUUAAUCAGUGCUAUCACACUCAUCAAAAAUCUUAUUUUUGAUGUAAAUGUGGGCAGCGCCGUCUUUGAGCUCUUUUGUGUAAGACUUCUGAUUGAGCCACUAAAGCGAAUGGUGUCAUAUUACGAGGGACACGAGUGUGCGGUUUUGACUGACUAUAGUUAAUGUGUAUUAUGGAAUCCAGAAAGACCUGCAUAAUGCAUAGUUCUUAAUGUGUUUGCAUGUACUUUUGUUAUGUUUUAAAGGGAAAAACAAAAUAAUUUCCUAAAUUACCUGCUCAUGUCUCCCUCUAGUCCGUAAGAAGUUAUAUAAUAAUAUUUUUCAUAAAAGAAAAUAAUAUUGAAUAAAUGUAAUUGUUUAAUAUGUUUAUUAUGGUUUGUUCAAAUAACUUAAUUGUUCCAAUAAACAAUGUGUUGAAUGAUAAAGAUGAUGCUUAGUCUUGGACCGUGUGAAGCUUGAUGUUCCGCCAUAGAAACUCAAAACAAGUCAAUUAAAAAUUGCAGUUUAAAAAAAUUUCACACCAUGGGAAAAGUUGGCCUAUUCGUCUUGGUCUAUUUAAUGUACAAACACUCAUCUAACUUUCCCAUUGUAAAGAUACUGAUAUGUCUCUGUGCUCUUGUAGUUGUGCAUUGAAAACCUGUCACCCCGCGAGCAACAACAUGAAAUUAUUGAAUAUAUCUUCAUAUGAUAUAUCAGGCCACUACUUCAUUUCAUCCUCCCACUGGGUUAUACAUGUCAGGUGUAGUAAAUAUUAACUGUUUAAAUCAUGUUUUAUGCAUGCUCCCACCACACUGUUUUUGCUAUUAAAACGUAAGUCUCGCACAAAAAAAGGAAAAUACGUCACAUCAAUUACUUCCGCGUUCGAAAAUAAUGUGGAUAAGGAACACGGCUGGCCCGACUGCAAGGAAAACAUUAUCAAAUUCCGUAAGAUAAUUGCAGAAUACAAUACUGUGCAUAUUUUAUCAUCAAAUGUAAAAGUGUGUAAAUACAGACAAUAAACGUUUGCACAGUCAUUACAGUCUUAAAAUGGCUGGGUUAUUUUUGACCCAUAAUGGGGAAAUAUUGGACAGAACACAUGCUGGGUUAAAAAUUACCCCAUGCUGGCUCAAAAAUGACCCAAUGUUGGGUUGUUGUUAUGCAACCAUGGGAUAUAAUAACCCAGCAGUUGGGUUAAAACAACCCAGCAUUGGGUCAAAAAUAACCCAGACAUUUUUUGAGUGUAAUCUCUUGUGUCCUCAUAUUAGUCCUAACAUUCAUGGUGUUCAUAACAAAACUAGCACGAAGAAACAUACAGCAUGUUUGCCUUUUACAUUUUGAAAAUGUAUCUUGGAUGG